AUAACACGACAGAGACAGACAUAUAUCAGCUGGUUGGGAAGUUGUGCAGAAACAUUAUUUUGUUGCUCAUCUUUAUGUUAUUGAUGUAGAAAAGCUUUUAUUGUUUAUCGGUAUUUUACAUUUGUGUAUUCUGGAAGGAAGAUCACAUGAAUGCCGCCGACGGCAGCAGUACCGGAAAGCCUACAAUGAAGAAUGUUGCAGUAAGGUAGCAAACAAGGAUGAACGAAAAUUCGAAAAUAGUCAACGAAAUGGAUUCAAGUACAACAUUUGAUAACAGUAAUCACGUUGAUAAGGUGUCCGAAGAGAGAAGCGAAGGUAAUAACAAAACGUCAUCUUCAGUGACAAAUGGUGUAGCAAACGAUAUUGAUGGAACUUUGUUAAAGUCUUCAGAAAAUGUUAAUACCAACAAAAGGCAGAUGAAAAAACAUGAUAGUGGAAUUUCAGUGGAAAAGUCUGAAAACAGUUCUGACGAUGAAACCUCUAAACGGCAGAAAGGUAGCCUGGAAAAACAUUCUGAUGCAGAAAGUGCAAUGUCUGAAUGCGGUCCUUCCAACGAUAGAGGUGCCACAUUUCUUAAACUUAAGUCAAACUCGAAGCAUAGGAAUUACAGGAGUAAGAAAUCUGGUGGAAAAGCAACGCUUGUAGAAUCAAAUUCAGAUGAUGAUUCACACACACCAUUAAAUCAUGGCUCUCUGAGUGCACAUGAAGAAGGGACUAGUCUUAAUUCGGGUGUUUCACAGGUCAGUUCAUCAAAGGAUGGUGUAGAUAAUGGGGAGGAGGAUGAUAUACCACUAGAUACUUACGACAUUUUUGGUCCAGUAGAAGAGAACAGGAAUCAAUCUGAACAGGUAGACUCUGGAAGUGAAGACUCGAACUAUGGCGAUGGUGCCAGUAAUGCUGCUAAGGGAGCUUCAACAGAGAGUGAGGCGGAUGAUGAAGAAGAGGAAAUCACACCAAGCGUAUUGCUAAAAAAGCCUCCAAAACAUAAAUGGUGCAUUGUUAAGGAGGUGGUAAACAGGCAGUGGGGAGCAGCCAGCCGCUGCAAGAACGCAGAGAUGUUCCAGCAGCGCUGCUACGGCUCUCUGCACUGCGUCCAGAGGCUGGAGCUGAUGUACAAGAUGGAGCGCCACCACGGCUGCGUCAACGCGCUCCACUUCAACUCCACGGGACAGCUGCUCGCCAGCGGCUCCGACGACCAGAAGGUGAUCGUGUGGGACUGGCAUGUCGGCAAACCUCGCGUCUCGUACGACAGCGGCCACCGCAACAACGUGUUCCAGGCGAGGUUCAUGCCCCUGCUGGGGGACACCCACAUCGCCUCGUGCGGCAGAGACGGCCAGGUGCGUCUCGCGGAACUGUCCUCCACCGGCACGUGUCGCAGCACUCGCCGCUUGGCGCAGCACCGCGGCCCGGCGCACAAGCUGGCCAUCCACGUCGACACGCCGCACAUCAUCCUGAGCUCCGGCGAGGACAGCGCCGUCAUGAACAUCGACAUUCGUGACCAGAAACAAGACAAGUUGCUCUACGUGAAGGAGGGUGAACGCAAAAUCUCUCUGUACAGCAUCCACAUAAAUCCAAUGAACAGUAAUGAAUUCUGCAUAAGUGGCAGAGACAGCUACAUCAGAAUAUAUGACAGAAGGAAGAUACCUGGUCCGGAACACCAAGUGAAGAAGUUUUGCCCUAGGCAUUUGGGACAGGCAACCCCAGGAACAUUUACCCAUGUGACGUGUGCCAUGUUCAACUACAAUGGAACAGAGAUAAUGGGCACAUAUAAUGACGAGGACAUUUACUUAUUUGACACUAGGAAUCCGGAUGGAGCAGACUACAUUCACAGAUAUGAAGGCCAUAGAAAUAAUGCUACAGUGAAGGGAGUCAACUUCUUUGGACCUCGCAGCGAGUUCAUAGUGUCCGGCUCUGACUGUGGAAAUAUUUUCUUCUGGGAGAAAGAAAGUGAAGCAAUUGUGCAGUGGAUGCCAGGAGAUGAAAAUGGAGUGGUGAACUGCCUGGAGCCCCACCCCCAGAUGCCCAUCCUGGCCUCCAGCGGCCUGGAUGACGACAUCAAGAUAUGGGUUCCUUCCUGCGAGCACGAGCCGUCCAUGGAGGGCCUCAAGUCCGCUGUUGUAGCUAACUACAGGGGCAGGGAGGAUGAUCGCCUUGGCAACCCAGAUGGUUUUGACGGUCAGAUGAUGUGGAUUCUCUGGCGCCACAUUCGUCGGACUGACCGUAGGAGGUGCAGCCACAACAACGCGGAGUCGCCGACCUCCCCCGCCGGGCGGUCGUCACAGACGCACUCUGGGGCCGCGAGCGGGCCCUCGGAGCCGGACGGCCUGGGCUCCAGCUCAUCCAGCUCCGACAGCGACGAGGCGUCCCACCGAGUGCAGUGCUCCCCGUCAUGAAGCCUUGCGGAGGUUGCUGUCCUCUUUGCUAUGUUCCACUAGGCACUAACCUCGCUAGUCACUUCACCGGGAUAACAGUUCUUUGUCCGAGUUAUCAGGUUUCAUUUAUAUUCCCCCGUCUGAAAUUUUAAAUGCUCUAGUUUUUUUUAUUAACUUUCAGUGUGUUAAGUGUACCAUGUGAAUAUUUGUCGAGAUUUUGCAAAGGACUCCAAAUUAGUCUCACUUUUUUUUUUAAAUACCCAAAAAGUUUCUUGGAGGAUGAAAAACUCUUAACAACUAGGACAUGGUAUUGCAUGAUCAUGUUUCCAUAUUGCGUAAACAUAGUAUUGGGAACUACAUUAAUACUGUAUUGAAUUUAUUUUUAUUUUCUUUUAAAAAUUUUAUUAUUUAUCGGGUGUACGUAAUAAUUGUAUUUUUUUAAAAAAGUGUAGGCCAGCCAACUUGUUCACCUCAUACUUUCCAUUUGAAAUCAAGGGUUGUGAAUUGCAUCUAAGAUUAAAAUUCAUAUGGUACAUUAGUUUGUUAAUAAAAUUUGAAAAUUAUUAGAUGUUUAUGAAUUAAGACCAAAUUAAACUCCCUUCUCAAAGAAGUCAAGAAUUUUUCAAUGCAAAGUUUUUGUUAAAGAAACAAAAUAAUGUAAUGUAAAUAAUUUUGCACCAUAUUUCUUUCAAUUUUGGGCAAACAAAACUCAACACUAAAGUAAAAAUUUUUAAAAACAUACUUAACUGUUACAUAUUUGUAGGUGAGUUUCACUUGUUGAUUUGAACUUUUUUAAAAGAAGAAAAUUACAUAUUAUUGUGUUUUUGUCAUUAUGAGUUUUGUGAUAUUCAAGUUUUUCAUUACUAAAAAAGUGUUAUUUAUUUGCCAAUUUCAUGUAAAUAGUAACAUAAUUUGCUCAUCUCAAUGCAUAUGUAGUAAAGAAAAAAAUUAAAAUUGUGAAGGAAAAAACUUGUAUAUAUUGGAGUUAGGUUAUAGGUGAAUUUGAGAGUUACAAAUACAGAUUUGUUUUGCAUGGUUUCAAAAUUCUGAUGUAUGAUUGGAGAAUUGGUAUAUAAUAAAUAUUUUUUAAUCAAA